AUGGAGUCAACUCAGUCGAGCGUUGAUGAUAUUACCUGGCAUAUUUACGUGGGAACUCUUACGACUAUUGUCCCUGCUACUCUUGCUGUGAUUCUGAGGUUCCUUGCUCGCCAUGUCUCUGACGCGGGGUUUUGGUGGGAUGAUUAUACUAUUGCCAUGUCGUUAGUCGUCAGUUGGGUUAUAGCCUCUCUACGGUGGGCGCAGAUUUCGAUGGACUACUAUGGUCCCGAUGCUCAUUCCCUUCGUGCGGAUCAGGUUGAAGGGUUUGGAAAGAUGUUCAUCGCGAUUCAAUUACUAUACGUUCUCAAUGCCGCUCUCACCAAAACCUCUCUACUUCUUCUAUACCACCGCAUAUUUGGUGUGGUUCGGGGCUUUCGCUGGGUCCUGUGGGUGUCUGGAAUCUUCGUUGGCGCAUGGUGGAUGGCUGGCACUCUCUGCAUUAUCUUUGAAUGCUGGCCUAUCGCCAAACUGUGGACCCCCAACCUCCCUGGAAGAUGCAUCAGUAUUGGUGCAUUUGGGCGCUGGAAUGGUAUCGCGAAUAUCGUUACUGAGGUCCUGGUUCUUUGCCUUCCUUAUCCCAUGGCUUGGCGAUUACAGACAAGCGUGCGGCAAAAACUGAUCCUAACUGGUAUUUUUCUUAUGGGAACAUUUGUCUGCUUCGUGUCUAUUUUUCGAGUGAUAAGCUUUGAUUAUGAUAACCUCGGAGAUGGCACUUAUAAGACCAUUGGACCGUCCACCUGGUCUUCUAUUGAACAAUCUGUCGGGAUUAUCUGUGCUUGUCUGCCAACCAUGCGACCUCUUUUCAGGUGGCUAUCUGGUAGCUUUAAGAAAGACACAAUAAAAAGAGACAGCACUCUGUCAAUUUUCCCAAAGCAAACUAUAUUGUCUUGCCGAGCGGGUCCUAUGGACGAAGAGAACGCCUGGGGACUUGAAGAGCCUCCCAUUCAAGAGCGUAUCAUGGAUCAAAGCGAACAUGAUAGAUCAUUCUCUCAACAGACAGUGGAGACGUCUGUUUCUGUAGACUUGCAGCAUCGGCCUGAGUCUUUUGCAUGA